CGAGGCUGUUGUGCAAAUUUACUGAAUUGCGUCUGUUUACAAGUGGCGUUGUAGUUCAGUUGGUGUUAUGUUGUGAAAUUUUGUUAUACCGCAUUUGUGCGUAGUUGUACCUUUCACGAGUUUGCAAGAGCUAAUCAUAACCGUGCGGUAUUUCACAUAUUUUUUCCGAGGUUUUUACAAAUAUUUUUUUCUCAAGAUCCAUCCUCGGCACGUCAAGAUGUUUUCCUACGAUAUGAUUGCUUACAUUUAUCCUCGUGCCUUUGCAGCCUCAAGAGGCUUUAAGCUCACUCAUCACGGGUGGACCUCGUCCUUGUCGUCGACAUCGUCACAAGCUUCUACUCGUACUCCUCGAUCACUUCUCCGCCGUCAUGAAGUCCACUCGCCGCAGUACGCUCAUGGAUCACGGCUGAGUUCUGUUCAUUGUCAAUCCUCUGAUCCUGCUGACGAACCAGACGAGUCCCAGGGCCUCUGGUCUUCAGUGGAAGACUUGGCCGGCCUCUCCCACGAGGACGCGCCCAACUCCCACACAUUCAGGAGAUCCUACAGACCAUCUUCGUCCUCUCGCCUCAAAGCUCACGCUGUUCCCAACCACUCCUCGGCUAAUAUUACCAACUCCAGAGCCCGCCGUAGUACCAGGAACUCCAGUCGCAGAAAUCGCAGCAAGAACUCGAAUGCUUUGCAUAUGAAAGCCGUCGAUCAGUUCAUCGCAGAAGCUCAAGCCCGCGACAUAAAUUCUGAGGAUCUCGUAAGCUGUGCUACCGCCCUCAUCAACGAGAGGCUCCAGGCAAUUAAGAACGAAGAACUUGUACUCGACUGGAGCAGCCCUGCUGAUUUCGCUGACGAGUCGGUCCCUAAGAUUCUCGCCUGUGAAGAGUCGCUCCCUGCUGAGCCAAUCCGUGCGUCGUUGCCAUCUGACGUUCAGUCUCGCAACUGCACCAACGCUCGUGGCAUCCCAGCGGCAGCGUUCCCCCCCUCCCUCAUAAAGUGGCCUGGACUCAACAGCAACAAACAAAAGCGCCUAGUCGAGAUAAAGAAGCAGGUGAAAUUCCUAAGCAAUAUCAUCAAAAUGACCAUCGAAGGCUCACAAGAGCUACAGCAGUCCGGGGGCCUCGGGGGUGCCAUACCGGCGCCCUUCUCACCUUUCGUGGACGUGUCGUGCAUCCCGUCGUCCGCCCUCACGCACGCGUCCGCUGAUGCUGCAUACCUGCCGUCCAUUGAGGAGCUCAAUGAACUCCUCUUGAGCGGCAAAGAAAAAGAGGCGAAGUCUUUGAUGCGCGGCGCUGGUGGCUCAGUGACGUGCCCAGCUCGGCCCGCCCUCUGGAAGGAGCUCUGCAAGCGACAAACUUCCGAGCAGUUCUCCGACUCGUUCUAUUACGACACUCUCUUGCAAAUUUACGGUACCAAAGAACUAAACGAGUGCCAAGUGGUGCUGCCCAUGUUCGUGGACCAGAAGCAUCUUGGCAGGGCCCUCAAUAGCGAUGGUGUAGCGGCGUGCGCUCGCGUCAUCUCUGUUCUUGCUUAUUAUUAUCCUCCCAUCACCCACGCUCCUCUGCUGUACCCUCUCACCGCUACCCUCCUCCUCUACAUGAAAGAAUCAGACGUGUACAACAGCCUGUCAGCGUUGGUGUGCAGUGCUAAAGUAACCUUCGCUACCCAAACAAAAAUCGCCCAUGAAGUUGGCUGGAGGACCACCCUCGUGUUGGCCCGCAAACAUGUCGGCGCCGCAUUCUCAACCUUGGAGAAAUUCGGCAUUGACUCCAAACAAGUGGAAGUCGCUUUCCAGAACUGGCUUUGGUGGAUCUUUGAAGGCCUUCCACUGCCACACUUGAUACGUGUUGUUGAUUGCUUUCUGCUGGAGGGGUGGAAGGUGCUAAUGAGAGUCGCCCUCGCCAUCUUCCACAUGUUCAUGCGUCAGGUGACGCGUGAUCCUUCCACUGCUGCCGCCCUCUCCACCAGGGGCUUCAACGAGGCCCUGCUACGAUACUGCCACGCCAUUACAGCAUCACCAGCUAAACUUUUGAAGACUGCGUUCGGCAUUCGCGCUCUGAGCAAAGCAGAGAUUCAGAAAGUGAUGUUAAAGACAGAACACAGCCUCAAGCGCCACGGCACGGUCUCAGAGACUGCUGAGGGCGCGACCAGCACCCACGAGAACAUGACUGGCAUGAACAGAGCCGUGUCUCUGGAGGGGCUCCCAAAUGCCUCCUCGCAGGCUGAUGUUCAGAUGGUCUCCCGCACGCUUAACCUCAAGGAGGGAACGCCACAGGCCCCCCGUACGCGGGCGCUGGGAGACUUCCCUAUCCGCCACUUGGUGUCUAAAAUUGCUAGUAUGGACGAGUUAUUGACGAUUUGGAACUGGAUACCUGUGCGCAUGACCAUGUACCAGCCUAGCCUCCUCUACACCACUGAAGAACAUGGCUCGUCCUUAACUACUUUCUAUCAGCGAGUUGAAAACCACGAACCAACAAUACUGUUGGUACGAACCACCUGCGACCACGUGUUUGGAGCUUACUGUUCUGUGGCUUGGAAUAACCGCAACAAGCGCGACGAGUUCGGCAACAAACAAACGUACUACGGCACCGGGGAGACAUUCCUAUUUAGUCUACGGCCCGUGCCCGCCAAGCAUCAGUGGGUGGGCAUCACCCAGCAGAAACACAACGCGGCGCUCUCGAGCGUCCAGCAUUCUGCUGAGCUUUUCAUGCACGGCGACGAGGACAUGAUCACCGUUGGUGGCGGCGAUGGUCAAGGUCUAUUCUUGGACCACGAGUUGCAGUUCGGCAAAACUGAAAAGUGCCUGACGUUCGACAAUCCUCCGCUCUGCCCCACCGGCGACUUCGAGAUCAAAGUAGUGGAAGUUUAUGGCAUUGACGUCACCAAUGCAUAAAUCAUUUCACGCACAUUAUUCUGAUUGUAUACAUUACAUAAAAUAUAUUUAAGUUAUUUAUUUGAAAAACUAUUGAGUAAAGUA